CCAGGAGCAAAGCCAAUUCCAUCUCUCUAUAUCUUGAGUGACACACAGCACCUUCAGCAAUAAGCAACAUCUGUGUCUAUCUUUCUCUCAAUCAUCAAACAGAAAACUUCAGAGUAUAACGAAGUAUGGAAGGAGAAAGAAAGAAAAGAAAGAUGGAAUAUGAAGAAGAGGAUGAUGAUGAGGAAAAGAUUGAGAAAUUCUUCGCUCUGAUUAAGAGUACGAGACAGGUGCGUCACCUACUCGGGGGAAGCUCGAAAUGGACCAAGGAGAAGAGAGAUCAGAAUAAGAAGGAAGAGGAUCAAGAGAAGGCUACCGCCGGCAGUGCUUGGAACCCAGCGUUCCAACCAGAAGACUUCCUUGAUCAAGAUGAUAAGAGUGCUAGUGGUGAUCAUGAUGCAAGCCCUUUUAAAAUUCAAGAUGAUAAGAGUACUGGUGCUGAUCAUGGUGCAAGCCCUUGUAAAAUUCAAGAAGAAAUGGAAGAAGAUGGAGGUAAUGGUUUAGACCUGAAGCUUUCUCUGUAGGAAGUAAUUAGGAACUUUGCAAGUGUAGUAACUUGAAACUUGUAACUUGGAAGGCAGGUCAAUGUUCACCUAACAGUGCAUGCACCUUCCUCCAUAUGCUUCAGGUUGACAUGUAUUCUAUAUUGUAAUGCUUUAAGAAAUUCUUAAUAUUUUUUUUUGAUCAAAUAAAUUCUUAAUAUACUAAAACUCGGUUGAACUG